AUGGCGAUGGAUCAGAUGAGAGAAGACGAGAGAAUGAGAUUCGCCAUUGGGUUUGUCGUCUCCUCUGCAGAGCGCUUUUCUGAUAAAUACUUGCUUAAAUUAGUGAAAACGGGACCAAGUAUCACAGACGCUGCUGUUGGAAGGAUAGCACGGAGCACCAAGGUUAUGGCAGAAGGUGGAUAUGAAAAGGUCUUUCAGAAUACAUUUGAAAAUGCCCCAGAAGAAAAGCUGCUGAAAUAUUAUGGAUGCUAUUUGUCUACAUCUGCGGGUCCUGUUGCUGGAGUCCUUUAUUUGUCAACUGCAAAAGUAGCAUUUUGCAGUGAUGAUCCUCUUUCAUACAAGGUUCCGGAGUCGGAGGAGGUUCGUAUGAGCUAUUACAAGGUGGUUAUCACAUUGCAGCAACUGAAAGCGGUUAACGCUUCAACAAGCAAAACAAACUCAGUUGAGAAAUAUAUCCAGAUUAUAUCCGUGGACAAUCAUGAAUUCUGGUUCAUGGGAUUCGUCUACUACGACAGUGCUGUUAAAAAUUUACAAGGUGUGUUGCAGGCUCGUCAGUCGUAACUAUUUAUAAAUACUGGAAGUUCGUAUGGUGUGCUGUGUUUGGAGUCAUCGGAAGGCUCACAUUUGAAUGUGGUUGAAGAUUGA